AUGAUGCUGCCUCCACAGCUGCACAAAAUCUUGGCAGUAGCUUUUUUCCUGCUCCCAUUCUGUGCUCAAGGUAAACUUGCAGGAUUUCUUCCAGAGUUCCCUUUCAGGCCUUUUUUUGGAGAUGGGAGCGAUGAACGACAAGUUCCAGAUCUCACACCACUGGCUGGCAAUGAGAAUGGGAACAGUUUGCAUCAACUGGAACAUCGGAUUUCCAGACUGGAAGGAGUCCUUCGCUUGAACAAAAUGAUAACAGAAUCUGGAGGAAAAGUAUUUGCUACCAAUGGGAAAAGUGCCGAUUUUGAUGCUACAGUGGAAAAAUGCAAAGAGGCUGGAGGUUCUAUUGCCACUCCAAGGAAUCCUGGCGAGAAUGAUGCCAUUCUGUACUUUGUGAAAUAUUUUAACACCUACGCCUACCUGGGGAUAAAACAAUCCCUUAUUCCAGGCAAAUUCCAGCUCCUGAAUGGUGCUCAGCCAAGCUAUACUAACUGGUAUUCAAACGAACCCUCUGGCAAAGGGGAGGAGGAAUGUGUGGAGAUGUACACUGAUGGCACUUGGAAUGACAAAAAGUGUAACAAGAAUCACCUUAUUGUCUGCCAAUUUUAG